AUGAAGACUACCACUUUCGCCGUCGCCGUUCUCGGCCUCUUUCCUGCCAUCAUGGCUCAGGCUCCUUCGCCUACUGAGUCUGUUGGUUGUGAACCUCAUGGUGAUCACUGGCACUGCGAGGCUGCUCGUACUGAUGCUGUUGCUGCUACCUCUGAGGCUGAGCAUGAUCACGACCAUGAUGAUCCUACUGGCACUGGUUCUCUUGCUGCUUCUCCUACUGAGUCUGUCGGCUGCGAGCCUCACGGAGAUCACUGGCACUGCGAGGGCCCUCGAUCUACCCUUGCGACUGAGGCCAAGGCCACUGAGUCCGAGCAUGACCACGACCACACUGGUGCUACUGGCACUGGUUCUCUUGCUCCUUCUCCUACUGAAUCUACCGGCUGUGAGCCCCAUGGUGACCACUGGCACUGCGAGGCUGCCCGCACUGGCAUUGAGGCCAAGGCUACCGAGUCUGAGCAUGAUCACGACGACGCCACUGGCUCUGGCUCUCUCGCCCCCUCUCCCACCGAGUCCGUUGGCUGCGAACCCCACGGCGACCACUGGCACUGCGAUGGUCCCGCUACCGCUGCUGCAGACAGCACUCCUACUUCCAGCAACUCAGCUGCUGUCACCGACAACGCUGCCAUUGGACCAAUGAUCCCCCUGGCUGGUAUGGUCGCCGCUGCUGUUUUCGCUCUUUAA